UAGACGCAUGACUAACUUCCCCGCGUUUUCCUGCGCAUUUACGCACAGCGCGUGAAAGAUAUAUUGGGAACCGAGCUGUCACUGGAAGGCGCCCCCUGACGUAGCGACGUACGCAGGGCGUUGUUCUUCCAUAAUGAGACACUUUAUAACUGCCCCGCAGUCUCUCACAUCAAUCUAGUCGGAGGGACUUGGACGUGGGGACUACGCUUUGAAUAGACUGUGCAAAUUACGCUUGCUGAUAAUCACUGUUUUUUGGGAUUUAUUUUGCUUUCCUCAAAUCUCUUGGGAAAAUGCUGCUUCUACUUCUCGGAAUCAUCUUCCUGCACGGGGCAGCUCUAGUGCUCCUCUUCGUGUCAACGAUUGUCAGUGCGUGGACUGUAGGUUAUUCCUCCACCUCGGAUUUGUGGACGAACUGCACACAAACCAAUGGCGCAUACAUCUGCGAAACGGGCGAAACUGGAGAGUGGAUACAGGCGGUGCAGGCUCUCAUGAUCCUGUCCAUCAUCUUCAGCUUCAUCUCGCUCUUCCUCUUCUUCUGCCAGCUCUUCACUCUGCAGAAGGGCGGCCGCUUCUUCCUCACCGGCGUCUUCCAGGUCCUCGCAAGUCUGUUUGUCAUGAGCGGUGCCAUCAUCUACACAGUGAAGAGUCCGGACUGGGUGCAUGAGUCGGAGUCCUACGGCUUUGCCUACAUCCUGGCCUGGGUGGCCUUCCCCUUGGCGCUGAUCAGUGGACUGAUCUACCUCAUCUUAAGAAAGCGUGAAUGAGAACCCUGACCCUUGACCCCUGACCUUUGACCCCCACCAACAACCUCCCCUCACUAUCCCCAACUCCCUCACCCCCUAAAAUUCCACCCUACCUUACCCCAACUUCCAUCCCCUCUUAUCAACUCCAGAUAACUAAGCUCUGAAGCCAACC